AGGACCACAUUGUUCAAUUAGUUCAGGAUGACGACUUUUCUGAUGGAGGACCAGGGCUCGAACCAGUACAGAUCAAGCCACAAAAAAUCAAAAUAAAAUUAAUCCCAAACAAACGACUGAAUAAUGUGAUGGUGUUCUACAAGAUAGCAAAGAACUUUCCACUAGAUCUGUAUUUCCUUAACGAUGCAUCUUAUACUAUGAGACAACUGGCGUCCAGUCUCAAUCUUCUAGCCGAUGACAUAGCAUCGGAUAUUGCCACACUAACGACAGACUUCAGAUUUGGACUUGGAACAGCUAUGGACAAAGUCAUUAAUCCUUUCACCCGCCAAGAUCCAAAAUAUUUGGUCUCUCCAUGUGGAGAUAGCCCUAUUUACUGCGACCUCCCUUACUCUUUCAUACAUCGGCAAUCACUAACCAACAACAUUGCAGCGUUUACAAGGGCUGUUCGUAAUGUCAACACGACGGGGAACCAGGACACCACAGAGGGGUUAUUUGACGGGCUGAUGCAAAUCAUGGUGUGUGGUGACCGAAUAGGAUGGAGAAAGAAAGCCCGGCGUAUGAUAAUUUACGCCACGGACAUCAACUUCCAUCAAGCUGGAGAUGGAAGGGUUGCUGGUAUUUUACAACCAAAUGACGGAUUAUGUCACUUGGACAGCCAAGGAAAAUACACGAUGGCCGAGAUUCAGGACUACCCAUCAGUUGGUCAGAUAUUGCAAAAAGCACGCGAAAACAACAUCAAUGUAAUCUUUGUGAUCGGCGGAGCAAACAACAAAUUGGUAAGGAGUCUUUACUACGAUAAACUGGCCGCCCUCUUGCCUGGUGGGUUCAACAAUGCCUCAGAGUUAACCACGGAUGCUUCAAAUAUUCUAGAUAUAGUCGGCAACAGCUACAGGCGUCUACGAGAAACAGUGAACUUGAAGAUUGGUCAAGUUCCUAGUAGAGAAUUGGAUGUUGAAAUCUACACAAACUGUAGAACCGGACAAGAGGUGGAGAAGACGCAGACUUGUACCGGAUUAACUCUAGAGAAAUGGACAAACUUUACUCUAGAUAUUAUUUCCAACAUAACAAGAUGUCCCGACCAGAGGGUCAGCAAUUUUACCCUUUUUCCCGAAGGUCUAGAAGAGCUAGUUGAAAUUGAAAUCGAACACGUGUGUGAUUGUGACUGUCAACUUGAACCGGAAGUGGAACCAGACAGUGAGAAAUGUAGUUAUAACGGGACUUACGAGUGCGGUAUCUGUAACUGUAAUCCUGGUUGGAUAGGUGACCAGUGUGAGUGUGACGACAGGGGCACAGCCGAGGAGGCCUGUGGCACGCCCAACGGCAUUUGCAACAACGCAGGAAACUGCACCUGCAGAAAGUGUGAAUGUUUUGAUGGAUACAGUGGGGACAAAUGUGAAUGUAACGAUAUGAAUUGUCGAAACUACAACAAACUUUUAUGUGGAGGACCAGAUCGUGGUCGAUGUGACUGCGGGAAGUGUGUGUGUAACGCCAACUACACGGGAGAGGCCUGUGAAUGUCUGAUGUCCACAGCUUCCUGUCAAACAAACAAUGGGACGGUGUGCUCUGGUAAUGGAGAUUGUGUAUGUGGUCGCUGCCAGUGUCGAUCUGGUUUUCGGGGAGAAGUUUGCGACAAGUGCACUAGUUGUCCUGGUAUUUGCCAAAACAACAAGGAUUGUGCCGAGUGUGUGGCCUUUGGAAGUGGUAUCUAUAAUCCUACCGAAUGUACACAGCUGUGUACCAAUGUAAGAACAGCGCCUAUUUUGGAACGGGAAAUUUUUCCUGGUCAACAUACCAAUAUCACCAUAAAAUCCUGCAUCAUAGAAGACGACCAGAAAUGUUUCAUCAGUUUCAAUGUUUACGAUAGUGACAGCAGCCAGGAAGUUGUAGUUAAAGACACAAAGCGCUGUCCAGCCGGUUCUCCGGAUCCGUUAACGAUAGGACUAAGUAUUUCCGGAGCGAUAUUUCUCCUAGGACUGUUGUUGUUAUUGAUCUGGAAGUUGUUGACUAUGUUGUACGAUAACAUGGAAUAUUCCAGAUUUGAGUCUGAAAUCCAAAAUCCUGUUUGGGAGAGAUCGAAGAAUCCAAUAUACGAAGGAUGUGUCACCACUGUAGAAAAUCCGAUGCGCGAAGAUCCGUAUUGGAUUAUUCAAACACUCAUGUGCUAUCAGUUUAUUUUACGUGUGGCAUUCAAAAUGAAAGUACCGACAUGGGGACGCCUAAUUUUCAUAUGCUGCUCAAUUUGCUGUGUAAACAGUCUAUGCUUUGGAAAUAGGUGCGGGGAAUGUCUCAUUACACAUCAAUGUAGCUGGUGUAAAGAUCAAAACUUUACGAAGACUCGUUGUGCGAAUAGAACUCUUAAAGCGGAUGGCUGCAUAAACAUUGUCCACAGAAAGAACCAUGCCGUAACGCCAAUCAAGAACAGUGAUUUUUCUGAUGGCGGACAAGGUCAAGACUCGGUACAGAUCAAACCACAGCAUGUCUCUAUCAAGUUGGUUCCAAAUCUAUAUCUUAAAACUUUUUCGGUGUGGUAUAAAAUUGCAAAAAACUUUCCAUUAGAUCUGUACUUUUUAAAUGAUCCAUCACCUACUAUGAAAACAUUGCAGAGCUCUUUAAAAUCGCUGGCUAAAGAUAUAGAGAGUGGAAUAAAGAAUUUGACGGACGAUUAUCGGUUUGGUUUAGGGACCUCGAUGGAUAAAGCUGUUCUCCCAUUUUCACGAACCUCGGCUGAGUUCCUAGAUGAUCCCUGUUUCAAUACUAUCGACAGCGUUUGUGAAAAAGUGUAUUCAUUUAAGCAUCGCUUAAACCUAACGGACGACAUUGAAGCAUUUGAGAAAGCCAUUGAUGACGUAAAGGUGACAGCUAAUCAUGACAACCCUGUCGGAAUGUUUGACGGCUUGAUACAAACAAUGGUGUGUGGGGAGCAUAUUGGAUGGAGAGAGAAAUCCAGACGAAUGUUAGUGUAUGCCACUGAUAUGGCUUUUCAUCACGGAGGAGACGGUUGGCUUGCGGGACUACUUGAACCUAAUGAUGGAAAUUGUCACUUGGACAGCAAAGGGUUUUAUACUAAAGCAAAUGUACAGGAUUAUCCGUCCGUCGGACAAAUAAUCCAAAAAGCCAAGGAGAACAACAUAAACAUCAUUUUUGUCAUUGGUGGAAAUUCGUCACAAACGGUUCAGAAUCUCUAUUAUGACACGUUGGCCAUGUUAAUGCCCGGAAAUACUCUUCGAGCAUCUGCACUCUCAAUAGACGCACGCAACAUCCUGGAUAUCGUCAGCGAUAACUAUAAGCGUUUAAGGGAAACCGUAAAAUUGGUGGUGAACGGACAGAGCGAGGAUUUGACAAUAAAACUAUACACAGAAUGCGGAACAGGUCGAUUUAUUGACCAGACCAACAUAUGUUCAGAACUAACUACGGAAAAUCCGGUUAAGUUCUUCCCAUACAUUUGGUCGAACUUUACCACUUGUCCGGAGAAAAGAAAUGUGACCUUUACCAUUUUCCCCGAGGGCCUGGAGGAACGUGUUCAGGUGGACAUAGAACACGUGUGUGACUGUGACUGCCAGCUCCAACCAGAGGCUGAGCCGAACAGCGAUAAAUGUAGUUAUAACGGGACUUACGAGUGUGGGAUAUGUAACUGUAAUCCUGGAUGGGUUGGUGACGUUUGUGAAUGUGACAAUAGAGGAACAAUCGAGGAGACUUGUGGAACAUCAAAAGGCAUUUGUAACAACGCUGGAAACUGCACCUGCAGAAGGUGUGAAUGUUUGGAAGGAUACAGUGGGGACAAGUGUGAAUGUAAUGAUAAAAAUUGUAGGAGCUACGACCGGCUGCUUUGUGGAGGACCAGAUCGUGGUCGGUGUGACUGCGGGAAGUGUGUGUGUAACGCCAAUUACAUGGGAAAGGCCUGUGAAUGUCUGAAGUCUACAGCUCCUUGUCAAAACAGCAACGGGACUGUCUGUUCUGGUAAUGGAGAGUGUGUGUGUGGUCGCUGUCAGUGUAGGUCGGGUUUCCGGGGAGAACUUUGUGACAAGUGUUUUAGUUGCCCUGGCCUCUGUAACAACAACAAAGAUUGCGCCGAGUGUUUCGCUUUUGGUACUGGUAUCUAUAACUCCAGCGUAUGUAAACAGCUGUGUACCAAUGUCAGAACGACCGAUGAAUUUUACGUGGCAGCACCAGAAAACCAAGAAACAAAUUCGUCCAGCACAUUUAAAUCGUGUAUCACAGAGGACGAACAUAAAUGCAUUAUAAAUUUUAAUGUGUAUGACCGUGAGAACGGCUUGGAGGUAAAGGUCAACAAGAGGAAACGGUGUCCCCCCGGUCCUCCGGAUCCACUUACGAUAGGUCUUGGUAUUUCCGGUGCUAUAUUUAUCGUAGGAAUCUUGCUGCUAGUGCUGUGGAAAAUACUGACAAUGGUAUACGAUAACUUGGAAUAUUCCAGGUUUGAGUCUGAAAUAAAAAACCCAGCUUGGGAAAAGUCUGAGAACCCAAUUUACAAUGAUUGCGUACAAACUGUGCACAACCCGAUGUGUGAUUUGGGAUUCAAAGUGGAAGAUAUGGACGACCAGCUGAUUGGGGCUACUUCUGAACGUAUUUAAAAGGACUGGGUAGCUCUUGACUUCAAAAACAAAACGCAUUAGUAAAUGUGAAGAAACAAUAAGUCAUGUUAGUAUAUCGUGGGAAAUUUUAAAAGAUUAGGACACAGUUAUACGCGUAUCACAAGGUUUUUGUAUUUGUACUUCAGAAUUUUGUUUGUGUAAUUUGAGGGGAUGAUACUAAAGAAUUAGCUCCUUUUUUCUCAUAUAAUUGUUCUUAACGAGGCCGGGUCUAAUUUGUUCUGCCCUAGAUUUUUUAAUGAAUUUUUUUUACAUGAAUUUCUACUGAUAUAAUUCUUAUUUUAAGAUAAUAAAAAAUAAGACAUUUA